UUUUGGAGUGUCAAGUUCAUAUUUGUGAAUUUAUCAGUCAGUAAUAGUUCACACAGUAACGUGUUGAACGUUAAUCACGAUGUUUCAUAAGUCUCUUUGUUCUUCUAGAUCCCCAGAGUGAGCUGCAGUUAUCUUAUCUUUGAAUCGCUGGUGAAUUUCUUCAGAUCCGGAAGUGAUUUGACGUCAACUGGUGGUCAAAUAUGGCUGGAUCUGGCAUCGCUAUCAGGCUGCAUGAGUUCAGAGAGUCUCAGGACUCCAAAGAACUCGACUGGACCGCAAUUUUACCUAAAAGAACAUCAUGUAUGGGCAGAGAUGUGCGUGGUCUGUAUCCAGGCCAAGUGGCACGAGUCCAUAACAUGAACGCUAAGGAUUGUGGCAGUGAAAGGCCCAGCUGUCUCCAGGAGGUCCAGCCUCCUGAGUCUCCGUACUUUCAGCCAAGUUUCGACGUCCGGACCCUGAGAGCUCGGAGUCUCCUCCGUCAAGAUCCCGAUGCAUGGAAACAGCGCCACCACCAGACGACUUACCAGGAGCACUUUGGACUUCCUCAAUCAUAG